CAUAAAACUAGUCCUGUACACAUCAAGUUUACUUUCGUUUUUAUCGUCGAGCUGUAAAGGCAAAACGUUUCCUUGUUUAGGCGCUUGCUCAAACUUCAGCUGUUUCACCGCAACACAAGAACACAACACAAGAGGUUCGAUCAGGACUGCAACAAGAUGGCUCAGUAUCACAGGCUCUCAGACGCCAGUGCCUCAGAUCACAGCACGAGCGUUUCUCCUGGAGUGAUCAAAAAGCUAAAAGAACAAGGAUACACCAUAGAGAAGGAACUUAACCGAGGGGCUUCAGGAAUGGCGUUUCUGGUGAAAGACACAGAAGGAGACCCUUAUGUGAUCAAACAGAUGAAUUCCAGAGAUGAGGAGGAGCUGGAUGCAGUCAGAAAGGAAGUUGAAAUCCUGAAAAAUCUCAGCUUUGGAUAUAUUGUUACUUAUGUGAAUUCAUUUGAAGAUGAUGAUGCGGGACGCAUUUAUAUUGUGAUGGAGUACUGUGAAGGAGGAGAUCUUUCAAAAGUCAUGGAAACACAUCAAGGAGAACGUUUUUUUGAAGAACAACAGAUUCUUGACUGGCUUGUUCAGAUUUGUCUGGCUCUGCGUUAUCUCCAUGAGAAGAAAAUUCUUCACAGAGAUAUUAAACCUCAGAAUAUCUUCCUGACUGAAGAUGGUUACAUCAAUCUGGGAGAUUUUGGAUGCUCAAAAGUAUUGGAAAGAGCUGAUGAAUAUGUUAAUUCAGUUGUGGGUGCAAAGCUCUAUGUCAGCCCAGAAGUUUACCAGAGGAGAUACAAUUCCAAGAGUGACAUAUGGUCAUUGGGAUGGGUGCUCCAUGAUCUCUGCAUGCUUGAUGUAUGGGCAGAUGGCAUGCAGCGUCACGUAAUUCAUGCAGUCAGCAUGACAGGAAACCCCCCUCAUAUCUCAGAGAGAUACUCAGUAGAACUGAGAGAAUUAAUCAGACAAAUGCUCAACCGUGACCCUAGAGAAAGGCCUUCAGUUGAAGAGAUUCUAGCAAAACCAUUCCUGGAAGAUGCAGUGGAGAGAAACAGCAGAACUCCACAGGCACUGAUUCAGAGUUUCAUUAAGUCUGUCAACAGCUAUGAUAAGGCCUACAACCAGCACUAUAAAGACCUUGAAGCCUUAGUUAGUGAGUGGGGAAAAAUAACAGAUUCGAUGGAGUCUGCACAUUACAGCGCCACAGCCGGUAGUCUGUCAGGUUCAGUGAUUGGAGCAGCUGGAGGAAUCACUGCAUUAGUUGGUUUAAUUUUGGCACCGUUCACUCUCGGUGCAUCUCUGAUUGUUACUGGUGUCGGUGUUGGAGUUGGAGUUGCAGGUGGAGUAACAGGUGCUGCAUCCACCAUUACUAAUACUGUACAACAAAAAUCAUUCAGAGAGAGCCUUGAACAAAUUCAACAAAAGUAUAAAACUGUAAGCGAACCAAUUCUCACACCGCUGAAUACACUGAGAAAGGUACUGAAAAAAAUCACGAAAUUCCGUUUUUUUUUUGGCACAUCAACUUUUGACAAUGUAAAAAUAUCAUGCAAUUUAGACAGAAGAAGUAUGUUCUGUGCCACACAACUCAUGAAUUUAGGUCUGCUGGCAAAUGUUAGCAGAAUAGCUACUCAGACUGCAAGAGUAGGACGAGUAGUAGCAGAAGCAGUCUCAGGUGUGUUAAGUGGACUACUAGUCAUACUUGAUGUCACCUUCAUAGUGCUGGAUUCUGUAGACAUACACCAGAUGAGACAGGGAAAAGUAGAUGAUCCAGAAAAGGUCAGAUCCAGUGUUCUCAAAUCCAUUGCAGAGAUGAGGAGAACACACAAUGAGCUUUGCAAUGUCCUGAAGGAAAUGCAGAAAACAAGAGAGGAACUAAAAGACUACAUAGAAUUGGCCAAGGAUGUCAGGGAAAUAGACAAUGAUUUAAAUAGUUUAACCAUAUAGAUAUGAUUUCAGUCAGAAAAUCAGGAAAUGUCAUAUAUUGCUCUGAAUCCAGAAUUUGUUUGUGUAG